UCGCCAUCCCCCGCCUAUUCCUCAUCUCUCCCUCCCUCCCUCUCUCUCUCUCUAGAAGUCUCUAGAAUCUUCUCCAUCCGCCUCCCCUGCGAGCCGCGAACAGCGGCGCGGACAGAAGUUGGGGUCUCGCCGGGAGACCUCCGGAUCCACCGGUAAUUUCGCGCCGCUCCUAAAGAUCUCGAUUCGAAUCGCGUCGGGGUUUCGCGGGAUCUGGUGUGGCUUCGCUGAUUUCUGGAACCCCUGUCGAGGCGGCCCGCGCGAGGGGUUCCGGGCCCGCCAUGGAGCCCGGCGCCGUCGGGAGCGACGUGUCCGCCGACGGCCUCAUCGCCGAGCUGCUCGACAUGGGCUUCGAGUUCGACGACAUCAGCGCGGCCGUCGGCGUCGUCGGCCCGCGCCGCGCGGAGGUGCUCGAGCUCGUUCUGGGCGUGUCCGGCGCGUCGCAGGCGAGGCAAACAAGGGGAGUGGCAGGCCAUCCCGCCUCGUCUACAGCGCAGCGGCAGCCACCUGGGAAGGGGACGAAAUCGAGUAACCCUAGGGAAAGGUUUAGGCAGUCCAGCAUUACCGAUCAUCUUGCCUCAGCCGGAGUCAGUAGAAAGGAGUCUGGUCGUGAUAGUGAAGCAAGCACUUCGUUUCCUUGUUCAUCAGCUCCCAUUGAUCCCAGGGUGCCAGUCGGUGUUGAUAUUUGUUCCAAUCUGGGACCUGAGUCACAGUCUUUGGUUGAGAACUCGAGAGGAGAGUUUGACCAGAGGGACAAAAUUAGUGCUGUUUUGCAAAAGCAUUUUGGAUUUUCCUGCCUUAAAGAUUUCCAAAAGGAAGCUUUGGAUGCUUGGUUCGCUCACAAGGAUUGCCUUGUUCUAGCAGCAACAGGCUCAGGAAAGUCCCUUUGUUUUCAGAUCCCAGCUCUUUUAUCUACGAAGAUUGUGGUGGUGAUCUCACCCUUGAUAAGUCUAAUGCAUGAUCAGUGUCUAAAACUUGCAACGCAUGGGAUAUCAGCUUGUUUCCUCGGAUCAGGGCAACCUGAUAGUCAUGUUGAGGGCAAAGCGAUGGCUGGCAUGUAUAAGAUUGUUUAUGUUUGCCCUGAGACAAUAUUAAGACUAAUGGAACCUUUGAAGAAACUUGCAGAAAAGCCAGGGAUUGCACUUUUUGCCAUUGAUGAGGUUCAUUGUGUUUCUAAAUGGGGUCACGAUUUUCGACCUGACUAUAGGAGACUGUCUGUGCUCCGGGAAAAUUUUAAUUCAAGCAAAUUGAAGUUCUUGAAGCAUGAUAUUCCUUUGAUGGCAUUGACUGCUACUGCAACUGUUCCCGUACGAGAAGAUAUUGUCAAGUCCUUGAAAAUGUCUGUUGAUACAGCGAUUGUAUUGACAUCUUUUCUCCGGCCAAAUCUCCGGUUUAAUGUAAAGCACAGUAAAACCUCUGCUUCAUCAUAUGGAAAGGACUUCCAAGAACUGAUAGGGACAUAUAAUUCUUCAAGGAAUACUAAGGGGAAAGGCCAGAAAAUUCUUCAUGGAAAUGACCCUGAGAUUGAAAACAGUUCAUAUGAGUCUCUGAAUGAUAGCACAUCAGAUGAUGAAGAUGAAGAUGCUGAUUCUGCAAGCCGUGCGGAUAAGAAUGUUGGAAAGACUAGAACUGGCACAACUCUGGUAAAAGAAAAUGCUGAAAAUGAGUUGGAUCUGUAUCCAGGAGUAGAUGAUUUUGAUGUUUCAUGCGGAGAGUUCCUUGAAUGCUCACAACCUGAAAACUCUGCAUUGCCUGCACAACCCAAUGGGACCAGUACCUCAGAAUGUUUGGAUCAAGGUCCUACAAUUGUUUAUGUACCCACAAGGAAAGAAACUGUUGAACUAGCUAGCUACCUUUGUAAAUCUGGCCUCAGAGCUGCAGCAUAUAAUGCAAAGAUGCCUAAGUCACAUUUGAGGCAGGUGCAUCAGCAGUUCCAUUGCAAUGACUUAGAGGUUGUGGUGGCUACCAUAGCAUUUGGCAUGGGAAUUGACAAAUCAAAUGUCAGGAGGAUUAUUCACUAUGGUUUCCCGCAGAGUUUAGAAGCAUAUUACCAAGAAGCGGGCCGUGCUGGUAGAGAUGGGAAGUUGUCAGACUGCAUUCUGUAUUGUAAUCUUUUGAGAGCACCAACACUCCUUCCCAAUAAGAGAAGCGAGGAACAGACAAAGGUGGCAUAUAGAAUGCUACGUGAUUGCUUUCACUAUGCUUUGAACACUUCAACAUGUAGAGCCAAAAUAUUGGUGAAGUACUUCGGCGAGGAAUUUGGUCCUGAUGGAUGUCGCGUGUGUGACGUAUGUAUUAAUGGCCCUCAGAUGCAUGAUUUCAAGGAAGAAGCGGUUGUGCUCAUGAAUGUGCUCCAGGGUCAAAGUGGACACGAAACUGAAGACAGGAUUUGCAGUAGUGUACCCUGUUAUAGAUCUGGAAGGAGAAUGUUUGGUGAGGCACCUAAUUUCAGAAUGGUUGUCAGUUAUAUAAGGGAAAAGCUUCCUAGAUUUGCUGCAACUGACAAGGUAUGGUGGCAAGGUCUUGCUCGUAUAUUAGAAGGCAUGGGAUACAUACGGGAAGCAGCUGAAACUCCUCGUGUUUUAAUCCAGUACCCGGAGCUGACAGAAGACGGAUUAAAAUUUUUGAGUUCACAGUCAGAGGAAGCUCUGUAUGCGUACCCUGAUGCGGCGAUGUUAUUGGCGACGAAUGACCCAGAACCCUUCUCUACUUUCUCAGAAUGGGGCAGGGGUUGGGCAGAUCCUGAGAUACGUCGCCAGCGUCUUGCAGGCAAGAAAACUGGGAGAAGUAAAAGAAAGAGGCGUUCUCGGCAGCACCCAACGGGUUUCACCACUGCAAAGGAAAGACUGGCUGCAAUACUCUCGAAGCGGAGAAGGUGAUGUGAAGAGUGGUGAGAUCAUGCGGUAACAGAAUUAUUCAUCUAGGUUUCAUGCGAAAUUAACCCAGUCAGCUCUGGUUGCAGUUUUCUUUUCGCGGCCAGUAGGGUAGGACGCAGGUUCUAGUUUAUAAGAUUUACAUGAUUGCAAUUAUCGCCAUAGUUUGUAAGAUCACUUGGAUUUUAAUUACCCGUAAGUGUCUACUAGUCAGUUCUUUUUUUAUCUAUUUUUCUUUGGCCUUUAGUUUCUAAGCAGAGGAGCCUUAUGAUGUAAACCAUGAUGUAUAAAUGAGGAUGACUAACACAGUUUUGGCCAUCUGAACAUCGAGGUACUCUGAACAGUUCCUUACA